AUGGAGCAAGGGGAGAACCAAUCAGCUGAUAGUUUUGUUGUUUCAUCAUCGGAUAAUAAUGAGUUGGAAGAUUUACCUGUGAAGGAAAGAUGCUUUGAGCAGAGAGAAGCUCUUCCUGAGGAGCCUCGCUGUGUUGUUUGUGGCAGAUAUGGUGAAUAUAUAUGUGAUCAGACUGAUGAUGACAUCUGCAGUAUGGAAUGCAAGACAAUUCUUCUUGCUCGGAUCGCUGCUAAAACAAAGCCAGUAGUAAAAGCAGCAAAGCGUGUGAACCUUCCUUUGGGCGAUGAGAGCUUCUGUAUUAAGGACAUUAAUUUUCCAAAUAUACCUACUUUAGCUGACAGCCGGAUCAGUUCACUGAGGAGUAAACUUGACAUUUGUGUCAAGGGUGAUGCUGUUCCUGAUCCAAUCAUGUGUUUCUCUGCCUGUGGUCUUCCUGAGAAGCUUGUGCACAAUCUUGAGACUGCGGGAUAUUGUAUGCCUACUCCAGUGCAGAUGCAAGUUAUCCCUGCAUCAAUGAGUAAUAGAAGCUUACUUGUUUCUGCUGAGACUGGUUCAGGGAAAACUGCAUCUUUUCUAAUUCCCAUAAUUGCUCAUUGUUCACGAGUAAGAUCACAAGAAUGCACAAGCAAUCAAGGACCAUUGGCUAUAGUUCUUGCUCCAACUCGAGAGCUAUGCCUGCAGGUAGAAGAGCAAGCAAAAGUGCUUGGUAAAGGUUUGCCUUUCAAAACUGCUCUAGUUGUCGGUGGAGAUCCAUUGCCUCAGCAAAUUUACAGAAUUGAAAAUGGUAUUGAGUUAAUUGUUGGCACCCCUGGGAGGCUAAUUGAUCUUCUCAUGAAACACAAUGUUGACCUUACCUAUGUUUCUGUAUUCGUUUUGGAUGAGGUGGACUGCUUGCUGGAGAGGGGAUUCAGGGAUCAGGCCAUGCAGAUUUUUCAGUCACUUUCACACCCACAGGUUAUGAUGUUUUCAGCAACAUUACAUUUGGAAGUUGAGAAGAUGUCUUACUCACUGGCUAAGAAUGUGAUAAGUAUCUCUUGUGGGAACCCAAACAGACCAACCAAAUCAGUUAAACAAGUGGUCAUUUGGGUGGAGUCUAAGAAGAAGAAGCAGAAGAUUUUUGAGAUAAUGAAAAGCAAGCAACAUUUUAAACCUCCUGCUGUUGUGUUUGUGAGUUCCAGAGUCGGAGCUGAUCUGUUGUCUGAAGCAAUUACUGUUGCUACUGGAUUAGAGGUUGUUUCUAUCCAUGGCGAGAAGACAAUGAAAGAGAGAAGAGAGAAUUUGAGAAGGUUUUUGACAGGAGAAGUAUCUGUCGUUGUUUCUACUGGUGUCCUGGGGCGUGGAAUGGAUCUCCUGAAAGUACGUCAAGUGAUAUUGUUUGACAUACCAAAUUCCAUUGAUGAAUAUAUUCACCAAGUUGGAAGGGCAUCUCGGAUGGGUGAGGAGGGUAUGGCUGUUGUGUUUGUGAAUGAGGAGGAUAGAAGGAUUUUCAAAGAGCUUGUUCAGGUUCUGAAGACUGCAGGUGCACCGAUACCCCGGGAACUUGCAAAUUCAAGAUAUACAGCUGGUGUUUAUGUUGGUAGCGAGAGGAAGAGAAAAUUGAGUUCUAGGUCUUGUUCUUGA